UUUUCAUUCCCGCGAUAAAAGGGGUGUAAAAUCAAGGAUGCAGUUUGUUUUCUGAGAAUUUUCCGCAUUUUUCUCCCCACGAAUCACGAUCGAUAACUCCCUCCCUCCAUUCCCAGCGCUGUAUUUAUUCUCGCCUCCAUUUACAGCAUCAUUCAUGAUCUUCGCUCUUCUCCUCAGUUCGCUUCAUUUCAGAUUUCUAGCAAAGAAGCUAUUGAAAUUGCAAAACUUGUUGGAUAAAAAGAAGGUUUGCUGUUUACAUUUGAAGAAGAGCAAGAGAAUACUAAGGAAGAGUAAAAGUAAGAGAGCUUUUCAUACCAAGUACUAAAGAGCAUUCUCUGAGGAGGAGCUUAGUCCAUUUAAGAAUUGAUGGAACCACAAGAAAGGAAGAAGAGGAUGUUAGUAAUAUUAAUAUUACAUUUACAGAUGUUGAAUUGCUUUACUUUGUUGAUAAUGGUUAUAUGCUACCUUGUUCUAAGUAGGCGCUUGAAAAAACGAAAAAGAUCAAGAGAUUGUGACGAAAGAAGGUUGAAAAUAGCAUUCAGGAAAGAUAAGGCUCGUGCUCAUGCAGAAAGUUCAGAUGAGGGUGACUUUGGACUAAAUCUGAAUGAUGAUGAAACCAUUGAGUCACCAUACCCAAAAACACCUACUUAUAACACGGCUAAAGUAGCAAGGCUUAUGGAUCAAUCACACUCUGAUGCUUCUUUAUCUGGAGGUGGGAAGAAAAGGGUCAAGUAUGAUGGUGAUGAUGAUGAGGUUUCUGAAAGCUUGAUCACUUCAUUGAACAAAUUGGGUGAGGUUUAUGCUCAAGCUGCUGAAAGUAUUCAACAACUGACAUCUUGUUUUAUACAUCAGAAACAGACAGCUGAUCGGAGAAAUCAAGUUGCCUCCGUUUUAGAAGAAAUAGAGGGAUUAUCUACAACAGAAAUGAUAAGGGCAGCUAUUUUGAUCACCAGCAAUGACAAUCUAUGUGACUGCUUUUUUACUAUGGAUACUCUGGAAAUGAAGAAGCAAUUUGUGGACAUUGUUUUAAAUAACAAUGAUGCUUGAAAUAACUUAGAAUGUCUAAUGCUUUGAAUCUACAUAGUAGGAAACUUAUGUAGGAAUUGUAUUUGCUGCCAUUAUUAUUUCACAGUAUUAUUUGUAGUUUUGGUAGAGGGACAAGUCUUUAUUAAGGUAGACUAUAUAUGCAAACUUUAUUAGACAAAUUUUCUUUGAGUAAUAAUUUUCCAAUGUU